AUGUUAUUAUUAAUUGUGAGCGUGGCUGGAAUUAUUUUAAAUAAUGUCCUUGCAUUGCAUUAAUAAUAAGCAGGAGUUCAUGAUUGGAAUAUAAAACUAUUUGGCGAACUAAAAAAUAUUUAAGUUUAGGAUUAAACUAUAUUUUUCUAAAACACAAACAAUUAAAAUGGAAUUAUUGAAAAAUCUACAGGUUUUAUAUACUCCUUAUGAUUUAGGCUAAGUUAAGUAAAGAAAUACUUUAACCCUGUGUGAUUCUUAUAAUUACGUCAGAUAUGAACCAAAUCAAUAGAUUAUACAAUUAUAUAAUGAAGGAUAUUCAGUUUUAGCAGAAGAGGAAAUUAUUGGCAAUAUAGACCAUUGUUUAAUAGGAUUAAAUGGAGAAUUUAUUCUUAUUUAUGGAUAAACAAUUUUCUCUACUUUUGAUAAAAAAUUCACUGAAAAGUAUUAUAAAUUAGAUUUCUUUAGGUUUGAUCAUUAAAUUAUACAUGCAGGAUAUAUUUUCGAUGUUCCAGUGGUUGUUUUGCAGAAAUAAACUGAAAUUUGUAUCUAUUAAAUUAGAGAAUCUAUAUAAUAAAAUUAUUGUGUAUAAAGUUUGAAUAAUGGUAAAAUUUAUUAAUUUGGCAAUACUCUUGUUUAUUAAGAUGAUUAAUUUGUUUAUCAUCUAAAAGAGAAAUCAGCAAAAUCUAUAGAUAAAGAAUUUAUUAAAAAAGUGGAUAAAUUUAUUGGAUUAACAUAAACUUUAGUAAUUAGUGAAAACUCAAAGAAAAAGAUAGUUAAUUUGGAUGGGUAAAUAGAAUAUGAAUUAAAUCAAGAUGAGUAUGUGAUAUAAAAUUUAGAGACUCAAAAAUAUUAUUAUAAUUUAAAAUAAAAGGAAAAUGAGUUAUUUAUUGUAACUUUUGAUAGGGAUACAAAAUAAAUCCAUACUGAUGUAAUUGAAAUAUAAACAAAGUCAUUAAUAUUAAAUGCUUUUUUGAUAGAUUAAAAUAAAAAAUAAUUUUUAAUUUAGUAUUAAGAUUUACAAACUGUAUUAGUUGAUAAUAAAGGUAUUAGAUGGACAACUGAAUAAUCUUUAAUUAGUAUAGAUGCUGUUUUUUAUGAAAAAUAUGAAAAUGAAGAAUAGACUCAUAAAAAUUCAUAUUAUGAAUCACUCGAGAAACAUGGUACUAAUAAUCCUUUGUUUUUGGUUUAAAAUAUUAUUUCAAGGAUUUUGAAUGAGAUUAGAGAUUUACAAGAGGUAGCAACUCAUUUUAUAGAUAAUUUGGGUAAAGAGAAGAUUUAAACAAGAGAAAUGGAAUAAACAUAUGGAUUGAAAUAGAAAGUAUACUUUUUGACAACAUAUGGAACAUUAUUAUGUUAUGACACUUAAGAAUUAUCAUUAUUAAUAAAAUUAUAGAUUAAUAAUUAAGAUAAAACAUUUAAAUUAGUUGCACAUCAUUAAAUAGAGUAAUAUAUUAAUAUUUAAAUUAGUUCGAAUCUAAUCAGACAUUUUGAUAACAAUGAUGCAUAGCCAACUCAUGUAUUGUUUUAUUAUUCAAAUGAGAAAAAACGAUUAAAUACUUUUGUUUUAGAUUUAUAACAUGGAAUGAUUUAAUAAGUUGCAUCACAAUCUUCAAAUAAUAUAUUAUGGACAAUACCUUACAGAGUAGAAGGAGGACCUGGGUAACAUCAUAACAUAGUUAUUCUAAUCGAUGAAGAAAAUAAUAUAUUUACAUAUCCCAAACAUGAUUCAUUGAAUACAAAAGAAAUAAUUUUAUAUAGAAAUGAUAAUGGUGUAUUAAGAGGAUAUAAAUUAUUAAAUAAUUAGUUAGUAAAUAUAUGGACAAUUAAUAUGAAAGAUGAAAUUUUGAUUAUUAGAUCAGCUUAUCAUGUAGGAGAAGAAAAUCCAAGAGUAGCCAUUUGGGAUGAUAAAAAAGUUAUAUUUAAAUUAAUUGAUCAAUCUAAUUUUGCAGUCUUAACAUCAGAUGGUGAUAAACUUAAAUUAUUUAUUAUUAAUGCAAAGACAGGAAAAAUAAUAUAUUAAAGUGUUUAAAGUGAAGCUGAUUUUAAUUAACCAAUUAAUCUAGUUUUUGAUGAACAUUAAGUUUUUGUUACUUAUUAUAACAAAUCUUAAAUGAUGUUUGAAAUUUGGACUGUUGAAAUCUAUCAUGCAAAAAUUGAAGUUUCAUUUAUUAAAAUGUUAGAAAACUAUUACUUUACAAAAACACCAAUUAUUAUAAAUUAUUAUAAGGCUGACUUUGAAGCGUUCUUUUUAUAAUAAGUUUAUGGAUGUCCUUUGGGAAUCAAAUAUCUAGGAAUGUCUAGAACACUUAAAUCAUUAACUAAAAAGAAUUUAUUAAUUAUAACAACUUCAGGAUAAUUGCAUUCUUUAGACAGAAACUUAGUUUCCACUAGAAGAAGAGAAAAGGCAGAUUAGCCUAUUUUAGAAUAUUCUCUGUAAUCAGCAGAACUUCCACCUUAUUAAUAUUAAUUACCUAUCAAUUUUUUAAACAUGUUAACAUAUCAUUAAACUGUAUUUUAUCUAUUUAUUUUAGUUUGAAAUUGAAAAAUUUUCAAUAGAGUCUACAAAUUUAGAAUCCUCAGCAUUACUAUUAGUAUAUGGUUCUGAUAUUUUCUUUACUAGAAUAGCACCUGAUAAAGUAUUUUGUAAAUAUUUAUAUUUAAGACAUAUGAUAUGUUAUUGGAUAAUUUCAACUAUAAUGCCCUUAUAGCAACAACAGUCUUGAUAGUAAUUGCUACAAAAGUAUUAUCAAGAUUGGUUAAAUCAAGUAAAUAGGUUAAAUAAUUUUAUCUAAAUUGA